AUGUACUUCAACCAUCCUUUUGGCAGCUGGGGCGAGAUGGGCAAUGGCCAAUCUGCAAGCUCGACUUGGAACGGCGCAGCACCCACUCCUUCCAUAUACGGAGCUCUCCCCUAUCCAAACGACUCGUCUGCCUUCCAAACUUUCUACUUCACGAACUUCAGCCCCGACAUUCUUAAUUGCACCGUGAUCGGACCUCAAGCCCAAGUUUACUAUAGGAUUGUUACCGAUAAUCAGAUGCCGGGCUAUACUGUUGUCAAAAAUUCGGAGGGCAAAAACGUCUCACUCAUCGAAUGGCAGUCCCAUCCGAUGAUUGAAGUUCGUGGAUUGUUGACCAAGCAAUACGUUAGAGCGUGGCUGGCGUUGACUGCUGAUAAAAGUGCUCGAACGAUGUCCGUCAGAGGAAUGCAAUACGCUUGGGCGCCACGUGAUAAAAGUAUCAGUUUAUUCGCCGGAGGACCGAGAAACCCUACACUCCUGGCCAGGAUAACUAGAACAAAUGGUGCCAUAGCACUCGACAUGACGCCUGAUGCUAUCCAGCUAGGUCUUCUCGACUCUGUUGUCGCUGCUUCCCUCCUCCUCCAAUGCGGACGCAAUAUAGACUGA